AAUUUCUGCACUUAUGAAGAAAACCUUCACAUUUUUUCUCUUAACACUCUUGUUGCUUUACUAUGUUAUGACUAGUUCAGCCAUGACUCAUACCAACAUUACCACUGAUCAAUUAGCUCUUCUUUCUUUGAAAUCCCAAAUUAUAUCAGAUCCUUCUCAUUUCUUGGAUGAAAGUUGGCCGCGCGCUACUCCUGUUUGCCAUUGAGUUGGAAUCACUUGUGGUUUUCGCCAUCACAGAGUUAAGUCGUUGAAUCUUUCCAACAUGGCUCUUACGGGCAGAAUUCCACAAGAUUUUGAAAACCUCACAUUUCUUGUUUCUCUUGACUUGGGAAGCAACAAUUUCUAUGGAAAAUUGCCUCAAGAAAUGACACGUUUGUGUCGGCUUAAGUUUCUUGAUUUAAGUUUCAACAACUUCGGAGGAGAGGUUCCUGUCUGGUUUGGGUUUUUACACCAACUUCAAUUUCUAAGUCUUUGGAAUAAUAGUUUCAUUGGAUCUAUUCCCUCUUCAUUUGUUAACAUUUCCACACUUGAAUCCCUCGACUUGAGAUCCAAUUCCAUAGAGGGCCAGAAACCAAAAGAGAUUGGAAACCUUAAAAACCUGAGGUUAUUAGGAUUUACUAAAAACAAGCUCACAGGUUCUAUCCCUGUGUCACUCUCGAAUGCCACAAGGUUGGAGACAUUAAGACUCUCUCGCAAUUUCCUUCAAGGAAACAUCCCAGAAGGGAUCGACAAUCUUCACAACUUGAACCUUUUGUCCAUAGAAAAUAAUCGGCUUACAGGUUCUAUACCUAUGUCAGUUUCCAACAUUUUUAAACUUGAAGUGAUUGCAUUUACCAACAAUAGCUUAUCAGGAAGUUUUCCCAAUGGUUUAUGCAAUUGUCUUCCAUUACUCAAAGAGCUUUAUCUUUCCACAAACAAGCUUCAUGGUCAUAUGCCUACAAGCUUGUCAAAUUGUUCAGAACUUCAAAUAUUGUCUUUAUCAGAAAAUGAGUUUGAUGGACCAAUACAUAGUGAAAUUGGAAGUCUACGUAAUUUGCAGAUCUUGUAUAUCGGAGGUAACCAUUUCACAGGGAUAAUUCCACAGAGAAUUGGAAAUCUUGUUAAUUUGGUGAAAUUAAGCAUUGAGGAGAACCAGAUUAUCGGCUGUCCCAAUAUCCAUAUUCAAUAUCUCCACAUUGCAAUUACUUUCACUACGGAAGAACAAUAUCAAGGGAUCCUUACCACGGGAGAUUGGAAACUUAACCAAGAUGCAGUAUCUAGAACUUACUUAUAAUAUGUUUACUGGUGCGUAUUCAAAGUGAUAGCAAAAAAUACAACUUAAACUCGUUAGUAAUAAUCCUUCUUUCUUCAUGUGUUUCAAGGUGAAAUACCCAAAGAGAUAAGCAAUCUCGUUGACUUGGAGGUAUUUGAUAUUGAGUUUAAUAGUUUUAGUGGUUCACUUUCAAUGGA